AUGUCGAUUCCCAAUGAGGCACUGCAAAAGAUCUUGAUUGAGAUCGAGCAGAAGGCCUCGUUCUCGCAGCAGCAGAUUUCCAUCGUGAAGUCGCAGAUGGCGGCGAAGUCACGCGAGAGUCGGAUGCUCCAACUCACUGCCAAAGAGGUGGAAUCACUGCCAGUCGAGACGAAAGUCUAUGAGGGGGUGGGAAAGAUGUUCAUCGAGACCCCCGCACCCGCGGUCAAGAAGCGUCUCCAAUCCGAAACCGAAGGGCUCAAGUCCGACAUGACGAACCUGGAAAAGAAGCUGCACUACCUCGAAACGACGUACAAGAACAGCAUCGACAACUUGGAGCAGCUGCUC